AUGUCGGCAACAGAGCUGGACCGGGCCUUGCAUGCAAGUGUGUUGAAGCGCGAGGCAGCCAAAGAGGCUGAGUUCCGUGAAGCACGUGCGAAGCACGAGGAGGAGGUGCGGCUUGGCUUUGGCGCAACCGACAUGUCAAAGCAAGAGCUCAGAAAGAUCAUCGACAGCGACAGGCGGAUGUACUACCGGUCCGAAGACUUGAAUGAUAAGCUUUUCAUUCAUUACAAGGGCUGGAAAGAAAUCAAGAACUUGGAGGGCUGGACUGGCCUGAAAGCAUUGUACGCUGAGUGCAAUGCUUUCGACCGCAUCAGUGGCCUUUCACAGUGCCGGAACCUGCGCAGCCUUUUCCUGCAGGAGAACUGCAUUCGCAGGAUCGAAGGACUCGAGGGCUGCCCCUUGCUCUGGAAUCUCAACUUGAGCAGCAACUUCAUCGAACGAAUUGAAGGCCUCUCGCAGUUACGAUCCUUGAACACCCUCACCAUCCAGAAGAACAAGAUCGGAUUUGCAGGUGUGGAAGAUGUGGUGCACCUAGUGGACACGACCAUCUCUACACUGGAUCUGCAAGACAACAAAAUUUGGGACCCGGACAUUUUGCCGGAGGUUUUCACGCGCAUGGCUGACCUGCGCGUCCUGUACCUCAAGGGCAAUCCUUGCGCCAAGAAGAUUCCGAACUAUCGCAAGGGCAUCACCGCAGUGUGCGAGAACUUGAAGUAUCUUGAUGACCGACCAGUCUUUCCUGAG